GCCCAGCCGAACCGAGCCGGACCCAACCGAGCCGAGCCGGACCCAACCGAGCCCAGCCCAGCCGAGCCCGCGCUGCACCCGGGCCGGCUCUGUCGGGCGCGCCCGCCGAACGGGCCCGCGGGGCCGGACGCUGCCUCGCGAUAUAAAAAACAUCUAAAAAAUAAAAAUGGCUGAACUGGACCAUGGAACAUUGUUUUCAACUCCUAGGAUUAGUGAUGGAGAAAAUCCAGUGAUUCCUGCAAGAAAGGCUCUUUGCAGCCAGAAGUACAAACCUGUUGACUAUAAACAUCUGCAUGAACUUGCUGCAGAGGCAAAAAUGGCCUCUGAAGAAACUCAGUUAAAGAUUAAAAAAACAGAGCAAGUUUCAAAGUUUACCAAAGAGCAAAUGCUGCUGAAACAGCACCGGCAGGUGUGGUGGCAAGAGCAGAAGAGGCUGAGUGAGAGCAGGCAAAAAGCAGAAGGAGAAAUAAAGACUUUUCUUAAUGAAGAAAGUCAUAAGCACAACUUCUUUUUGGAUUUGAGGGACUUGGAGCAGGAAUUGUCCAGGCAGCGGGACACUUACCAAACAAACAGUGUAGUUCCUGUCUGGCAGCUAAAGGAGGAUUUAAAACUCAAGCUGGCAGAAAUGCAGCGUUCCUUCUCAGAAGAAUCUUGUCAGAAACCUGAGAUCGAUUCAUUUGAGAUAUUACAGCAGAUCAAAUUUGUGAAGAACCAGCAGAAGGCAGUUUUGGAAGGUCUUGUCCUUGAAAGUCUGGCUUUGGAGAGAGAGCUUGAAGACUACAAAGCAAAUGCAUUAGUGGGCUCUUUUGAGGAGAAAAAUGGGCUUUUCCAUGAAGUUCCUGCCGAGCUGCUGUCUCUGGAAUGCCCUUACCCUGACCUGAAGACCUUGGUGAUCCAGGAGUACCAAGAGCUUGCCAGUGGGUACUGGGCCAGGCUUCAGGAGGUCGACCAGCAGUUGGAAGCUUUAUCCAGGAACAGUGACUGGAAGGAAGAAGAUCAGUGGGUUUUCCAGGCUGUUAUCAAUCAGUAUCCAAGUGAUCUUCAGAGGAGGAGGACUUUGUACCUGGAUAUGCUGCAGAGAUACCUUCCCCACAAAUCCUGGCAUGAGCUGGUUGCUCAUGAGAAAGCCUGGGAUCACUGCCAUUCCAUCAGGAAUCAGCACAGAGCCUUGCUGCUGAGCUGGGCUCAGGCUAGGAAAGCCUUUGUCCUUAGGGCAGUGGCAACUGCUGCUGAAGCUGCUGCUGCUCAUGAGGCAGAAGUGGUGCUGGCUGACUCCAGGCAAAAGCAACUGGAGAUCUGUGCUGAGCUGAAAGCAAAGGUUCUACAGUGGAAAGCACAGCAGGAAGAAGCUGCUAAACUAGAAGCUGCUGUAGCUGCCAGAAGAAAAGAAAAGGAAGAUGAGAAAAAAAGGCUACAGAGAGAACAGGAAACCAGUCGUAGAGCUCAGGAGAAAGAGAAACUGAAAAAAUACUGGGCUGAGAAACAGCUCAAGUGGCAAGAACAGGAGGAGAGAGAUCUACAACGUCUGGAGGAAUUGAGAAGAUUAAUGGCUGAACAAGCGGCUAAAGACAGAGAAAGGUUGCUGUUGUUGCAAAAUCAGACCCAGCCAGAGCAGUGGCUGAUACGGUGGCAUCGAGGGCCCGGGUGGGCAUCGGAGCCAACCAGGAGUUUGAGCUGCAGCAGCCUCUGUUCAGGCUGCACACGUACAGUGAGGAGCAGGUCAUUUCUGACCCCAGACUCCGUGUCGAGCUCGCUCUCCGAGAAGCUGGACUGCAUAAAACACUUUAUGCAAGAGAGAUUUUGCCAAAAAUUCCUCCACCAAAGCUUCCAAGAAGAGACAUGGAAUCUACAGCUUUUGAAGUGUAGACCACCUCUUGUCUCAGGAGCAGAGGAGCUUCAGGGGUGUCAGUGUGUCACAUCUGAGUUCUGCAGAGACAGGUGUGUCCAGUUUUCACCCCUCAGACUGAGAACUCUGCUGGCAAAGCCCUCCCAGCCUGAGUGCAGCCUCAGGGCACAGCGUUGGGACCUGCUGGAGACCCCAAGGUGGGUGCCAGAGGGGGGCAGCUGGUGUGACAGACCCCCUGAGUGAGCACAGGGCCGGGCCAGGAGCAGCAUCACCCGGGAUGGCAGCUGGGGUAUUUAGUGGGGAAAUGCUGCAGAGCCUGCCCUGAGCCGUGGGAGCUGCCUUGUCUGGGCUCAGCUUCUGUGGCUUUGGGCUAAAAUUACAACUCCGUGUAUUUGUGCUUUUUAUUUUGGUAUCUCCUUUGGGCUAACUUGUUAUUUUUAAAACACACUUGACCAGCCUCACAACUGGCUGGAUGUUCCUGUGGGGAGACCAGCAGUGCUUUGCUGUGAGGAACAGACUGGCUGCAGGACAAUUCCCAGAAAGGGAUCAUCCCAAACCUAUGGCAGUUGAUUAUUUUUUUCCUUGCCUUUAAAAGCAGAUCUAAAAGAUAAUUUCAGUGGUGCAAAAUCUUUUGAGAUCCAAGUCCAGUAUUCCUUUUCCUUGAGAGGUUUUAAAUUACUUUCACAAAGAGCUUGAAGGUACAUUGCUGUUAGUAUGGGAGUUUCUGAAGUGGACUUUGAACUUGGCAGGAGUGAGUUGGAAUAGUAGGUUGGAUUGCAUAGUAAGUGACUGGAGGAAUGUGUUUCUAUUCUGGGAAGAGACUCGCUCCUGUCCUGGGAUUUCUUCUCUGUCAUAUUAAUAUUAGAGCCUAAAAACAGCCAUCUUGGAAUGGAAACCAGGAACCAGUCUCCUUUUCUUGUAUAAAGUGGAAUUUGCUUUUUCAUGGCACCAGUUUUCAUGAUAUCAUAGAAUCAUCAGAGAAUCCCAAAAUGGUUUGGGUUGAAAGGGACCUUAAAGCCCAUUCAGUUCCACCCACCCUUCCACGAGGCCGGGCUGAUCCAGGCCCCAUCCAGCCUGGCCUUGAACACUUUCUGUAAGUUAUCCUGCAAGUUCCCUGUAAGUACCCUGUAAGUUACUGUUCCAAAUUGAUUUGGAAGCAAGCUUGUUAGUGAACCUUAAGAACUGAAAGUGAUUUUGUGGGAAUUCUUCAGGCUAUAGGGGACCCUCUGUGAACAACCCCUCCACUCCACCCAGGUGCAGUUCAGUCUCUUCCAGCUUGUGGAGACACUUGCAGAUGAUUUGCUGGAUGUAAAAGAUGCAGUUAUGUAAAAUCAGGUCAAGGUUAUGUCAGCACUAUGUGCUCCUCAUCCCACUACCUCACAAGGGUCUCUGUGCCCAAACCUGCCCACCCUAUGACAGGCUGCUCCUGUUCAGCCAGAGACGGCCUCUCGUGCUUAAACUCUGGCACCUGCCAGUUUGUCACAUCUUUAAAUACUGUGGGAAUGAAAGUCUGAACAGCCUCUGUAACAGCAGUAACAAUAAUGGUUACAAGUACUGAUUAAUUUUGGAUGUCAUUUACUUAGGCUUUGGCUUUAUGCCCAAAGCAAAGGGAUCUCCUUCCUACAGGAUCACCGUGGACAGGAGUGACCUUAACAGGACAGUCCUUUACGAUGAGUGGAGCUGGGAGUGAGGAACCUGCAGCUCAGUAACACAACCUGCAGCUCAGUAACACAGCCUUGUUUUCUGUGCAAAUUUUGGCUAGAGCUGCUGUCCUCGAGUGUGCAUGUGUGUCAGAGCCAUUCUAGCUGUGCUGGAGGUUGGAGCUGUCCUUGGGUGUGCACGUGUGUCAUUCCAGCUGUGCUGGAGGUUGGAGCUGUCCUUGGGUGUGCACGUGUGUCAUUCCAGCUGUGCUGGAGGUUGGAGCUGUCCUUGGACAUGCACAUGUGUCGGAGCCAUUGCAGCCGAGCUGGAGGCCUGCAGCUCCUGCACAGCAGUGUCCGUAGGGUGCGGCCGCUCCCCUCGGCUGUGGAGGGCUCUCUGCCGUGGGAGUGCGGCGUGGCCGAGUGUCUUUGCCGUUUCCCAGAGCAGGGGCCGUGCUGUGGCCGAGUCUCUUUGCCGUUUCCCAGAGCAGGGGCCGUGCUGUGGCCGAGUCUCUUUGCCAUUUCCCAGAGCAGGGGCCGUGCUGUGGCCGAGUGUCUUUGCCAUUUCCCAGAGCAGGGGCCGUGCUGUGGCAGGCCGUGCCCGUGCCGUGGUCAGUGGGGUCAGUGCUGGGAUCGGCCCGCGGGGCCCAGCCCCAGCCGCUGGCGGAUGAAGGCGGCAAUCAGGCGCUGGGGCCGCUGCUGGUACUCCCACAGCACCUCGUGGGAUGCCCGGAUCUGGUCCCCCUGCAGCCGGUCCAGGAGCGCCACGCAGACAACGGCGGCUGUGGAACACAGGGAUGGAUGGAUGGAUGGAGCACUGUCACCUCGCACCUGACCCCACAUUUCACCCCCGGCACGGAGCAGGGUCCUGCCUCCCCGGGGCUCAUGGCAAAGGGGCCAAUGUGGCAGGACCCUGGGGAGCUGCUGGCCACGGCUCUGCUCUGCAUCCACCCUCCACUCACUCGGGCUCUGCUCCAGCAAACCCUGGGGGUGGCUGCACCAGCAUGGCCAGGAUGUGUUUGUAGGGCCAGGAGAAGUGGGGGGGGAUUAAGAUUUGGUUUGUCCAAUGUGUUCUCAGGCCUUGGGUUUUAUUGAGCUACAAAGUUUGUUUUAGUGUCCUUUUCUAGUUCAAAUUGUUAGGAAUGUGUGUUUGGCCUUCUGGCACCAAACAGAACCCUUAGAGGGGGGUUAAGCGGGGUGCAGGGAGGAGAUAGAAUUGGCAGGACUCACCUUUGAGACCACACAGCCCACACAGGGCAGCGAAUGCUGUGGACUCCAUUUCAAUGUUCCUUACACCAGCAUCAUAAGCUCUUCUCAAGUACUCCAACUUUUUUUCACUGGAAAAGGAGCACAGUGCACCGUCUAAUCUCCCCUGACCUGGGAAGGAAGCAGAGAAGUGUCACUGUUGGGCCUGGGCAGGGUCACAGGCACAGGGCAUAGGUGCAAACAGAAAGUCCAACAGUGCCCAUGUUCUGUUGGAGGCCCAUGAAGUUUUCCUUUGAGUAGCUGUUAACUCCUAUUCCCCUCGAUGUUGAAGCCAACAUGACACAUCUCUGUGCAGGGGGGAGAAUGAUGCAGGUUUCACCACAGGCAAAGGGCCAAGUCAGCCCAUAGGUGUGAAGUGCAGGGGAUGUUGUGCUCUCUGGGGACAAGCCAUCCCCACUCCUGAGGUCCGUGGUGCACCUCAGCUGUGAGGGUAAAUGCUUACCUGCAGCUGGGCUAACCUGGGACAGCACUUCAGUUUACUGCUCUUCCUACUUUAAUCCUCUCAAAUGGCUUUUUGUUUAAAUAAAACAUGGCCUUGAGCAAUACACAGAUGGCUGCAUCUGCAAGCAGAUCUAAGGAUUUAUAAAUAGCGCUCAGAUUAUUAAUUCUUCAUUUAUUACAUUUCAUCUACUCUGCAACCAGCAUUUAGUUUUGCAGAGGAAAGGGUUCUAGAGUAACCAAAGUUUGUUUACGUAAAUCUGACAGGCAGCCUGGCAUUUUCCUGGAGUUGGUAGUUCUGAAGUGACAGUCUUGCUGUAGGCAACAGCGCGGUGGCAAACUCAGCAAGGUGCCAACAGAGGUACUGUGUGUUCUGAGGGUGCCCCUGCUCUGCCUGGGCCCUCACACAUCAGGUGGGUCCAUUCCUGCCACCCUCCUGGGGCUUGGGGACAGUGGGUAGUUCUGUCCAGGUAAGAAUGCAAAGACUUGGUGUUACGUUUGGGGCGGGAAGGACAGACCAAGGUGGUUUUACCUUCGUAGAAGUCAUAGGUGCACAUGGUACGGCCGAUGAGUGUGGGAAAGUCUGCCAUCUCCCUGCUGCAGGCAAGCAGUUCCUCUGCCAGGUCCUUGUCCAGCUCGGAGCUCCGCACCACCACGUCCCCCAGCACCACCUGCUCGAAGCGCGGCUGGAACGAGGAGUCCACGGCCGUGUCCGUGAUCACCACUGAGCCGGCCUCGAUCCCUGGGCACAGGGAAACUGGGGCUAAGCCAGAGCUCGUAACACCUGUGACCUGCUGCCAAACUCCACCGUGACAGGAAAAUAUCAAUACAGCUGCGUGGGACUGUGGGGCUGUUCUUUUUGGUGAGUAAAGCAGAUGUCAGAGAAUAAUUGAAAUUCAUGCAGUAGCACAGAUGUACAAGUAAAAUGUACAGAAUCAGCACAAGAUGAGUGAUUGUGAGAGUGUGCUGAGGGACAGGGUUUUAACUGCUUCUGGCUUGCAGAGAUCAUGUCCCUCCACCAGCUUGUGCAGGCAUGAGCUGCAACACUCCUCUGCCCAGAGAUCACAGAUUUAUUUGGGUUAGAAAAGCCAUCUAAGAUCAUGAGGUACAACUGUUCCCCAGCACUGCCAAGGCCACCUCUAACCCAUGUUCCCAAGUGCCACAUCCACAUGGCUUUUAAAUCCCUCCAGAGGUGGGGACUCCACCACUGCCCUGGGCAGCUGUGCUAGGGCUAGACAGCCCUUUGCAGAAUGAAAUUUUUCCCUAAUAUCCAACUUAAACCUCCCUGGCACAAAUUGAGGGCACCUCCUUUUGUCCUGUCCCUUGUUCUCUGGGAGCACAGCCUGACCUCCCCUCUGGCUGCACCCUCCUGCCAGGGAGUUGGAGAGAGUGAGAGGGUCAGCCCCAAGCCUCCUUUUCUCUCCAGCUCCCUCAGCCACUCCUGGUGCUCCAGCCCCUUCUCCAGCUCCAUUCCCUUCUCUGGACACACUCCAGCCCCUCAGUAUCUUUCUUGUCUUGAGGGCCCAGAACUGAUCCCAGGAUUGGAGGUGCCUCAGCAGUGCCAGCACAAGGGAACGGUCACUGCCUGGUCCUAUUGCCACACCAGUGCUGGCACAAGCCAGGAUACCACGGAUAUUUGGAGACCUGGCAAAAUGCUAAAGCUCAGAACCGCAUGACCUAUUGCUGGAAUUUUUUUUUGAUAAAGCUGUUUUGCUCUGAAGGAAGACCACGAAUCGCUCACCUAAGCCUCCCGAAGUACCGAUGCGGAUAAUAGUGACGUCCCGGCAUUUUGCAUGGUGCAGCAGUUUGAUCAGCUCAUGAAGCAUGAUGGAAAUGGAAGGGAUGCCCAUCCCAUGCUGUUGGAAGGAGAGAAAAGAGAAAUGUCAGUGCCUGUGAGGCUGCGGCAGGGGACAGGUACGUGACUGCCACAAACUCAGGGUUACGCUGUGGCCUCUUCCUCUGGUGAUUGCAACAGCAAUUUUUUUGAGGGGGAAGAGACAUCUCAGGGUCUUUGUAGCCUGUCCAGGUGAAGUGCCUAACCCUGUUCUCCUCCCCUUGAUGAUUUAAAGGCUCUUCUCAUCAGUAGAGAAGGUGUUCAUCCCUGGGGACCCCGUGCAGGCGCACAAACGGUGCCUCUCCUUCAAGACAGGUCUCCACAAACAUGUCCUAACAGCUGAAUGCUCCAAGACCUUCCCCUUGCACUGCUGUCCUUAUGCCAUGUGCUGGCUCAGCUCUGUCAUGUCUUGCUUGUGCUCUGGGAGUGGUGAAUUUCAGCGAGGACGACCAGAGCCUCCACUUCUCCAGGUGCCCUCCAGCCUGUCCUCGCCCCACGCCAGAGCGUCUCCGCCACGUUGCUGGGCACCAAGGACGACAGGAGGGUUCGUGUCCCUCAGUAAGGACAGGUUUCAGGGUCAGGCAUUUGCUGCGUGCCUUGCAGGCCACCUGUCCUGCUUCCUGCCCUGCCCUGGUGUCCCUCUGUCUCCAGCACUUGCCUGGCUGCCAGCUCCCCCCUGCUGGCACUGGCCAGUUCCCAUCCUCCACGGAGAGUGCUGCCCUGCUCCCAUCUCUGCUGCUGCUCCCCAGGGCUGGCAGAUGUUCUGCAGGUCUGGAGCUGCUUCUGCCCAGCCCUCCCUCACUUGGUCAUCUCUUUUCUGCUCUGUUGCUAGACUGAUGUCCUUUCCUCAGCUUAACCUUUAAGAACAAAAGGUGUUUGAUGCCAUGGGGUUUGCUUUUUCUCCUGGAAAAUGCCACACAUUCUGUAGGUUUUGCUAUCAUGUUCAAAAACCUGAAGGAAGCACACGUGGAAGCUCCAUUAAUUAACUUACGCAGCCAGUAUUUGUGUUGUUUUAUCUCCUUUCUGUUGGCUGUGAGAGCAGUGCUCUGUUCUCCUUGUAUCAUGUUUUAAAUAUGAAACCCUUUUGCGUGUUGUUAUUCUGGAACAUCAGCCUGGGUUAUUUGCCAAUGCCUAAAAAAUUUAUUUUCAUUGUAAAUAUUCAGAGCAGGAAUCUGUGUUCCUGCCCCUGUAUGUUUGAGCUCAGUUGUGUUUCUAAGCAACUUGCAGAAAUGUGAUGUUGGCAGCUGCUCCACACGAUGCAUCUCGGGGCGGCCGGAGCUCUGCCCUGUGUCCCCUUGCAGGGACAGGCCGAGGGCUCUGCCCUGGCCAAAGAUGGUGCUGGUGCCCAGCCUUGAGCUCAGCAAGGGUUUGCUUCUGGCUGGGUCACCGCUGCUGCCAGGCUGAGGAACAGCGAAUCUCGUGGGGAUUCUUCCCUUUGGAUCUGACCAGAUUGAUUCCCUCAGGCUUUUCCCUUGGUCAGGAUUGGUUUGGUUUUUUCAGAGGGACCAAACGUGAGUGCUGUCGUGCGAGUGACUCCAUCUCCUGUGAGUCACAUUUCAGACUAAUCUUGUGCCUGAAGAAAUGACAGCAGGACUCUCCCAAACACAGCCUGUGUUUGCUUUUCCCUUUGUGCAGUGCCAAAAAUCCUGCUCUGAAAGAGUAACUAAUAAUAAAGCAGGAUUUUAUUUUA